CUACGGCUCGCGGUGACGAUGAUGAUUGUGGUGGUGAUGGGGGUGUGCGGCAGUGGGAAGACCACAGUAUCUUCAUCUCUUGCUGAAAAGAUCAUUGCAUUUUGUACUGCUUGUUCCUCGCAGAGGUCUGCAGGUGUGCAGCUGGGCUGGAAAUUCUUUGAUGCUGAUGACUACCAUUCUGAAGAAAACAAAGAAAAGAUGGCUAAAGGAAUACCACUAAAUGAUGAGGAGAGAAUACCUUGGCUGUGCACUUUGCAUGAAAUAUUACUGAGAGAAUAUUCACUUGGCGCAAAUGUGAUCCUAGCAUGUUCUUCUCUGAAGACAAUGUAUCGAAGCAUACUAAUGGGUGACAGCAGUGUAAUCAACAGAAAAUCAGAAAACUAUACAGAGCAGAAACAUUCACAACUUGACUUUAACAAGGACGUUUUGUUUGUGCAUCUUCAUGGUUCCAUGGAACUGAUCAUGAAGAGGUUAGAAACCAGAAAAGGACAUUUCAUGUCAGCUUCUUUGCUGCAGUCUCAAUUUGACAGCCUGGAACCACCUGGAGACAUAGAAACUUUUAUUACUAUAAGUAUUGAGAAAAGCAUUCCAGAGAUAGUGGCUGAGAUUGAAAAAAAUCUGGGUCUAAAUCUUUAACUUUUAACAGGGCAUGUGAAGGAAUAUUAUGGUAAAAUAUGUUCCUUAACGGAAUUUGUAGUUAUAACGGAAGCAAAACUGUUAGCUUUGUAGUGCUGAUGUGAAAACUGUUCCUUCAGGCUUUCUACAGAUGGAAAUUCCAAAGCUGCACUCUUCUCCACAGUUUUGCAAAUUUCUCCAAGGAAAAUCAGUCAAAUUGAUGCAAGGAUCUGAAGUUUAACUAGUUUCUGUAAAAUGCCUUAAAUUUAUUAGUAUAAGUGCCACUUAACAAACUUUGGCCUUUUGUAGGUUUAUAAACUUUGUUUAUUGUUCAACUUUAAUUACAAUUGUCAUGUUGGGCUCAGAUCUUUAAAUUAAUUAAAUUGGGUAUUCUCUUUACUGCAGUGCAUUGAGAAUUCUUUAAUUCCAGCGGUUGUUGGACACUAGGAAAUCUGUUGAACUAAGCUGCUAUUGGUGGGACUCAGACUUGAGUCAGGAUCAACACUACAAUCCUCAGGAAUUUAGAUCAGUAAAUUUUCAAUGCUAACAGAAUUAUAAAAAUAUGUAUUUAAUUUAUAGAAAAAUAUAAUGAGAUAUGGUUGACUAAGGGAACAAUAUUUCCAUUUCCUCAGAGCUUUGGCAGGUUGAAUACUUCAAGGAUGUUUCCUGUGGUGGGGAAAUGUCUUGGCAGUGACUUUAAGGGUUAUGAAUCAGAACUAUGGGUGCUGUGUGAUUAAGUGUUUUCAAAGCCAGGAUGUAGAUUUUUGGACUAGAGGCCAAAUAUCAAUUGUGAUCCUCUUGCCUGGUGAAACAAAC